UCAUUAACCAACAUGCCCAAAACGAGCCUCCCUCUGUCUGUCCCGUUCAUUUGCUCUCAUCCUCUCUGUUUAUUUGCAAAACAUUUGGAAACACUGCGCAGAACCUGCAUAUGUCGGUCUUGCCAUCCAUAAUUACAGGUGCCGCUGAUGUUUGGUCUGUAGAGAACGGUGUGUGCUGGUCUGUAUUUGGCUGUAACACAGGAGCUGUGGUGUUUGCUGAAUAGGCGUUGAAACUGCUGCAGUGUGAGAUUAGGUUUGUGCAGGGAUCAAUAGUUCACCACUUUAGGUUUUAUCAAAACAGCCCUUCUUAGCAUCUUCAAGAAGCGUGCGAGCAGCGGAGAUGUGUGCUCUUCUUCGGCCGCCAGCGUUGAGUCGUUUCGUGUCUGUGCGGUUUAAGAGCGCGGCCGCCUCACAGUCGCUGGCGACAAAACGGGGCCGAGACCUCCGAAACCCCUCAUCACCUGACUUUCUGACCUUUGAGGAUCCUCAAGCAUUCAAGGCCAAGAGUUUCUGGGAGCUGGUCCGAGCCCUCGGAGUCUUCAGGCUUUGCUCGUUCCCUGCGCUGGUUAACCACUGUGGUAAGCUGAUGAGCAUUACAAGGACGGUUUUGGGCAAGCGAUGUUUCUGCAUGAUCGUGCGUCCGUCUGUGUACGCCCAGUUUGUUGCCGGGGAAACGGAGGGUGAGAUCGCAGAAUCCAUGCAGAAGAUGAGCUCGCUGGGACUCCACCCCAUGUUAGCCGUCCCCAUCGAAGAGGACCUGGGAGAGAGCACCGGCGAACGUCGAUAUGAAGACAACCUGACGGCCAUGCUGGCGUGCGUCCACAUGUCUCACAGCAAAGGCUGGAGUAAAAAUCCCAUGAUGCAGCUGAAGAUCACAGCGCUCGUCAGUCCGGAGCUGUGUGCUAAACUGACCUCUCUGCUGAAGACAGAACAAUAUGAUCUGAACUUGCUUGUGAGAGCCAUGGACGGCGAGGAAGUCGUGUUUCCUGCUCUGAACGCUAGUGAAAACACACACUUGCUAUUGGGCCUUCAGAGACUCAACAAAAUAGGAGAGGCGAGUGUUGGUAAAGUGCGUGUUCUGGUGGAUGCCGAGUACACGUACAUGAAUCCGGCCCUGUCUCUCGUCACCACGGCCAUGAUGAAGAAAUUCAAUCAACGAAGCGCCUGGAUCUGGAACACGUAUCAGUGCUACCUCAAGGAAUCAAGGAAUCUUUUACUCGAAGCCAUUCAGACGUCCGUCGAUCAGUCUUUCUGUCUCGGCGUUAAACUGGUCAGAGGCGCUUACAUGGACAAAGAGAGAAAACUAGCUGAGAAAGAAGGGCGAACUGAUCCAAUCCAUGAAUCAUGGGAGCGUACUAAUGACAGUUAUAAUGGAUGUCUAGGGAUCAUGCUGAACCUGAUUUCAGAGAAACCCGACCGCUAUAUGAUCAUUGUCGCCACUCACAAUGAAGAAUCGGUCAGACGCGCAGUGACACGCAUGGAGGAGUUGGGGCUUCACGGAGACGGCAGCUCCGUGUGUUUCGGUCAGCUGCUGGGCAUGUGUGACCACGUGUCUCUCACUCUCGCUCAGCACGGUUUCUCGGUGUAUAAGUCGGUGCCGUACGGCUCGGUGGACGACACGCUGCCGUAUCUGGUGCGCAGGGCUCAGGAGAACCGCACCGUGCUCCAGGGGAUCCGUAAGGAAAGAGAUCUGCUCAGACGGGAGCUGCGCCGCAGACUCAAAGAGAAGAUCGCAGGGGCCAGACAGGAAAAACCUCAGAAAUCAGUGUAAAGGGCAAGUGGCAAAAGACGUUUAAUACAUCAUAACCUGAAGGAUGGACAUUCACCUUUGAAAGUCCUCCUGUGAUGUGGAAAAUAGUGCCUUCUAGUGGACGUUAAUGAUGAUUUAGGAUUAAAGUGGACGUGAGUUCAACAUUGGGCCUUUUUUAAUACAUUCAUCAGUGACAAUUAUUCCACUGGAAAAAGUCUGCCUUUUUGGAAAAUGGACUCCAAAACUGCAUUUAUUUGAUCAAAAAUACAGUAAAAAAAAAAAAAAACAGUAUAUUGUGAAACAUUUUUUAGAAUUUAAAAACCUAAAUCUAACCUUUUUUUUUUUUUUUUUUUUUUUACAUGUAUUAAAAUGUUUUUUUUUCCUGUGAUGCAAAGUUGAAUUGUCAGCAUUACUCCAGUCUUCGAUCUCACAUGAGCCUUCAGAAAUCAUUAUUGAUCACCGUGAACAGUCCUACGGUUGUCAGCCCGGGAGCAACAGCAACAUGAACAAAAUCAAAUAAAACAUGUUAAACUGUAUCAAACAGCUUCUCUGACAUGUUGUGCUCACUUGAGGUGUUGAGUGUGGUGCUGUUUAUCUAACCUUAUUUUAAACCCUUUCUUUGUCCAACACCAAAUGGAAAAGGAGGAAAGAGAAAUGAAUGGAGGUGGGAAAAUGAAGGGGGGGUCUGAGGUAAUUAUCACCUGGACUUUAAUGACCAUUCCUCAGUUUCUGACACACACCCACUCUCAACACCUGACCAUGAGCAAAUGCCACGCAGAGCUGGAGUCAACAGAGAUGAUGUUAAAAUACUGUGUGAGAGAGAGAGAUGUCAUUUCUCUGUUUGAAAUUCUCUCAUUUUCAUGUUCUGUCAUCAUUUGUACGUGUAAUACUUUCUAUAGGGGGUGAAUUCAGGUAAACUGGCACAGAUUUUGCCAUUAAGGUGCCUUUUAAAAAUGUCCCAGUUAUCCAGAAAUAACCCUAAUCUUUUUAAAAUAUCUGGUCACUCAUCUGGAAUGGAGGGAUAUGGAUUCGGGGCCCAUUGCACAAUACUAAAGAUCUCAGUCGGGCUCUCUGCACUCUCUCAAGACUUUUUGAAAGUUUCAGUGGGUUCCUCAUAAUCUGAAGAAUAGAGCAUCGGGGAAAGCAAAGUAAACUCUUUAGUUAUUGGACCAACUAAAUUAGAUUUACCAAUUUGUGUAUGAAGGUAAUGGAUGUGUAAUGUGUUUAUACUGUAAACAGGCUUUCAGUAAGUGUCCAAAUACUUUUGGGUCCACCAUA